GAGUGUUGUGUUGUCAAAAUGGCAGAACACGAACAUCAUCAUCAGCACUUCUCUCUGUGUUUCUGCGACGUAAUGAGGUUGUUGUGGUCCCUGGUGGUGCCAUGCUUCUACCUCAGCCUGGUCCUGACUCUCGUCCUGCUGCUGCUCUUGCUGGGGGUCCGGAUGUGGCUGCAGAGCCGCUGCAAGACCCGCCGGGCCCGGGUGGGCGGCCCCGCGGUGGCUUUCUUCCACCCGUACUGCAACGCCGGAGGAGGCGGGGAGCGGGUCCUCUGGUGCUCCCUGAGGACCCUCAUGAACCGAUACCCUAACAUCUCCUUCGUGGUCUACACCGGAGACCAGGGAGUGACCGGGGAUCAGAUUCUGGAGGGAGCCCGGCAGCGUUUCAACAUCAGGCUGCCUCGACCGAUCACCUUCAUCUUCCUGCGACACCGCUCGCUGGUGGAGGCCAGUUCUUACCCGCACUUCACCCUGCUGGGGCAGAGCGGCGGCUCCAUGUUCCUCGGCUGGGAGGCGCUGACGGCCUUCGUCCCCGACCUGUACGUGGACUCGAUGGGCUACGCCUUCACCCUGCCCAUCUUCCGUUACCUGGGAGGCUGCAAGGUGGCAAGCUACGUCCACUACCCCACCGUCAGCACCGACAUGCUGUCCGUGAUCAGAGAGAGGAACCCCAGGUUCAACAACGCCGACUUCAUCUCCAGGAACCCCGUGCUGAGUGCCGUCAAGGUGGUGUACUACUGCUGCUUCGCCCUGCUGUACGGCCUGGCCGGCUCCUGCAGCGACGUCAUCAUGGUGAACUCCACCUGGACGAUGGGACACAUCCUGUCUCUGUGGCGCUCCCCGAGCCGCACCAGCAUCGUCUACCCUCCCUGCGAUGUCAGGGCCUUCCUGGAAGUCCCGCUGGAGGAGGACGAGGAGGAUAAAGAGGAAGAGGAGGAGGGCUGGGAGGAGCUCGGACGGGAGCUGGGGAGCGAAGAGGAAGGAGGUGGUGGAGACAGGAAGUGCCACUCCAUCGUGUCGGUGGGUCAGUUCCGACCGGAGAAGGACCACCGGCUGCAGAUCCGGGCGUUUCACAAACUGCUGGACAGGAAAAAGGAGGCUCCUGGCGGGCGGGAGUCUCUGCGGCUGGUGCUGAUUGGUGGAUGCAGGAACCAGGAGGACGAGGAGCGGGUGCUGAUGCUGCGGGGGCUCUGUCAGGAGCUGGAGGUGGCCGACCGCGUCGACUUCAAACUCAACGUGCCCUUCGACGAGCUGAAGAGAGAGCUGGUGGACGCCACCAUCGGUCUGCACACCAUGUGGAACGAACACUUUGGUAUAGGUGUGGUGGAGUGUAUGGCUGCAGGCACCAUCGUCCUCGCUCAUAAGUCCGGAGGUCCGAAGCUGGACAUCGUGGUUCCGUACGAAGGCGGACAGACGGGCUUCCUGGCCGACAGUGAGGACAGCUACGCCGCUGCCAUGGAAACCAUCUUGGCGCUGUCUCCAUCGGCCAGACUGGAGAUCCGAAACAACGCCCGGCGCUCUGUGGAGCGGUUCUCCGACCAAGAGUUUGAGGCUUGUUUCCUGGCUGCCAUGGAGUCUCUGAUGGGUAAACUGGAGCGAUGA